AUGAAGCGCCUAGAGACCGUGUCGAAACACCUGCAGGACAACGAGUUUGUCCGCGUCGAGCGACGCGGUGGGGUUGGGCUGAUCCGUAUGCUGAGCUCGGCGCCGCCGCGCUCGCACAUCGGCGGCUGCGUACUAUGUGCACCGAUGCGAGCGCAGGUCUUGCGCGCCCUCAAGACGCUAGAAGCCGACGCCGACUGCCGCCUCAUUGUGCUCACCUCUACCAGUCACCGCUUUUUCUCCAGCGGCAUCGAUAUUGCCAACUUCACGGAGUGCUUCAUCUCCGACCCCACCGCGCAGCCGCCUGUGCCAUCCUUGUCGGAGCUAACAGCCGCGGUUGCCAUGUGCUCAAAGGUGUGUGUAGCAAUUAUUCAGGGCCUCUGCUCGUCCUGGGGGCUCGAGCUUGCUCUGGCGGCGGACUACCGCAUCUGCGAGGUGAAUGCACAGUUCCGCUUCCCAGAGGUGCGGUUUGGUAUCACCCCCGGCGGUGGCGGUGCACAGCGGCUUGUGUGUCUCGUUGGCGUGCCGCACGCGCUGAACAUGCUGUGCUACGGCCGCCGAGUGUACGCGAAAGAAGCGUACCGGAUCGGCCUCAUUGACGUACCAGCGUACAGCGCCCCACACUUUUGGACGGCGUUGGCGGAAUUCAUUGAGCAGCACGUCACCCCGGCCACUCCAGGCACCCCAGGCGGCCAUGGGGAAAAGGCGACCGGCCUGAACGCGCUGGAGGAAGCGCAGGCGGCAAAGACGCUAGCCCUGCACCGUCGUCGCACGUGCUCGGUGUACGCGAAGCACGCCUUCUUGAGCCGCGGCUGGUACGCGUGGAUGGAGCACAAGCUGCGUGACGCUGUCCCGCGCGAGGUUCGGGCUCCACACCGCGCGAUCGAGGCGGUAAAGCUGGCCGUCGCGCACAGUUGUCGUCUCGACGGAAGCCGGGGCGUUGCGAACUGGGGGAGUGUUGAUGAACGCGUCGCCGCGGCUGCAUACGUAGCGGCGGAGCGGGCGCUGUUUGAGUCUUGUCUUCUCCUGCCUGAGACCCAGGCAAUGCAGCACCUGAUGCGUGCGUCGCAACGGACAUCGAUGUCAUGGGAGAAGCCAUCGAUCGGUCAGCAGCGCCCGGUACAAGGACUGGCGAUUAUCAAAGACCGUAGUGCGGCCGUGCAUGUCGCGGUGAACCCUCCCCUCUCGGCGGCCCCCGUGUCUGACGUUCUUACCGACGACGCCACGGCGCGGCUCGGGCUGAAGAAGGUGGCUGUCAUUGGCGCUGGGACCAUGGGAACGUCGAUUGCACUCAUGCUGCUGUGGCAGUCGGAGAUCGAGGUCAUCCUGGUGGAGGCGGAGGCUCACCGGCAGGAGGUUGCUCGCCGUACCAUCGAAGACUACCUGCGCAGCCGUGUUGAGACACACCGGCUGUCAAGGCACCGCUGUGACGACAUGUUGCACCGACUGCGCGUGAUGGGUAGCCACAUAGUGCCGUUCCCUCCUGUCCUUGCGGAUGCUGAUCUCGUCUUCGAGUGUGCACCGGAGGUUGCGGCGAUCAAGCAGAACAUCCUUGCCGGCCUCGACUCUGUCUGCAAGCGCUCCACGAUCUUUGCAACGGGCUCGUCGGCGCAGGAUGUGAAUGAGCUCGCGGCCGUGACGCAGCGCCCUGGGCAGGUGCUCGGCAUCCACUUCUUCCCCCCAGCAAACGAGUCCCCGCUGGUGGAGGUGAUCCGUGGCGCUGCGACGGAGCGGUGGGUUGUGGAGCGCGUUAUGCACCUCUUGUGCCAACUCGACAAGUACCCGAUAUUAUCCGUCAGCCGUCACGGCUACGUUGGGACUCGGCUGCUGCUCACAGCGCUCUACCAAGCGUACGCAAUGCUGGAAGACGGCUGCUUCCCGCGACAGAUUGAUAGUGUGCUGCGCAAAGAUUUCCACUUCACUCGUGGCCUCUUCGAACUUGAGGACAUUAUGGGCCUGGAUGUGAUGGCCAUGGCGCGCACGUCCAUGUUGGAAGUGGCAGCUCGCGCAAACGGCAGCUCGGUACCGCCGCCCAAGCGGGUCGGCGUUGAGCCGAGCGUGCCAAGUCCCUUUGAGCUCAGCAACGCGUGGUUUCUUCCGAGUCGGCCGGUCUUUGACAUCUCCAAUGCUCUCAUUGCCACCGGCACCCUUGGGCGCAAAACGCGAGAGGGCUGGUACAAGUAUUUGACACCGCAGGAGGCAAGUCUGGGGUAUCGCCUGCGCCAUCCUAUCGCAUCCUGGCUGUGGACCGGAUCUGCGCCAAACCGCCUGGGCACCGGCAAUUCCGCCAAUCGCAGAUCGGCUGCAGGCGCCACCACCGCUGCGAGCUGCGUUCCCAUGUUGUCGGACACUGCUACGACAUCGGCCGUGGCAGCUUCGAGCGCGGCGUCGCGCCAGCGAUUUCCACUGGUCAGCUUGUCAUCUCUUAUUCUGCAGCAUAACUACUCCGUCGAGUACCGCACAAUCGACUGCAGCAAGCGCCGUCGUGUGACGCGCCGGCCGUUCUGCGAGGAGGAGAUCUUUGAACGCAUCGUGUUCGUCAUGGUAAAUGAGGCGGCUAAAAUCAUGGCAGACGGCAUCGUUACCAACUCGGCUGACAUUGACUGCACCUCUGUCUACGGGUUUGGCUUCCCAGCGUGGAAGGGCGGGUUGUGCUACUACGCGGAUCACGUGGCGGGGAUUGACAAGAUCGUACGCAAGAUGCUGGUGUACCAGCGCGCGCUCGGCUCGGAGGAGUUUCCGGCGCCGUGCUUGGCGUUAAGGGAGAUGCAGGCGAAGGGCAUGACGUUUGCCUCCAUGUUCAAGUAG